AUGCUAUUCAUGUAUCGAGUUUACGUAUGUUAAAUUAUUUUUAAUGUAUUUUGUUAUCUAAAUAUUUUUAUUAUAUCUUUUUGAAACGCGCUCGCGUAUAAAAUGGAAGCGCAGGCUGCAAGAUUUUGCGGGCCGAAUAAUUUCGAAAAUAAUUUAUUUUAUAUUUUUUUUAGUUUUGUAGGAAAUAAUUUUGGGUAGAAGAUUGAAUAAAUAAGAAUAAGUAGUCUCUGAGUUGAUCAGUUAUUUAUUUAUUUUAAAAUUACCUUGUAAUGAAAUAUCAAGGUUAAAUAUUUAUAAUAUCUAAAUCAAUGUUUAUUUCAGUUCGACAUGAAUUUCGAGUAUCUAAAGGGCCGAGCAUCAAGACUCCAAUUUGACGGAGAAAAAAGAGAUAAGGAACGGCCCGGAAGGAAGGACGCGUUUCUUAUUUCUAGGUGGGAACCGAAGAGAAGUUGGAAGGUGGACGAGGAGGCAACUCCACCGACUUCAAGUCAACCAGUGGCUGUUGGGAGGAAGGUCCAGAUCCACAAGACGUCGAAAGCACCUGAAGUUAGUGUUCUGGAUACAAGCUCAGUUGAUUCUGGUUUUACCUUUGGGUCUGUUUUGAGUCAGCCCAAAUUUCCCACUUCUUUUUCGGUUAACCCUAACACCUAUUUGUCGUCAAGAAGUUCGGCGUUGAAUGUAAAAGGGCAGGCUUUCAAUGAGCCGAAGUUGAGCGAUUUUCAAAUCAAAGUUGGGACGAGAACGUUUUAUGUAAGUUUUAUUAGUAAAUUUGAUUUUAUUUAUUCUGAAUUCGAUAUUAUUUGAGGUAUUGAAGGCAUAAAUGAUGUAUUUUAAAGUGUUUUAAUGUUAUUAUGUAAAUUUGCUUUUUAAAGUUAAAAACAAUGUUAUUUUAAAUAUUACUUUAUCUUUUAACUUUAUUUUAUACUUAAAAUCUUAAACUUUCUUUCCAAUCUAUUAAAUAUCAAAAUCUUUCUUUAUUUAGGUAUCAAAAAUGGUGUUGGCCGCAAACUCCAAAGUAUUUCAUCGUAUGUUUAUGACGGAUUGUAACGAAGUGGAUGCCGGCUUUAUGGUUAUGCAGGAUUGUGAGCCGGCGGCUGUCGAAGCCAUGUUGUUUUACAUGUUUGAGAAGAAGUCGGUUGAUGAAGAUCUGGCUCGAGACGUAAUGCUGCUGGCCGACAAGUAUCAGAUGAGUGAAUUGAAAGAUCAAUGUGAGAUCAAACUGGGGAGCACAUUGAAGUUGGACAAUCUUGAGGACAGAAUUUCUUUGGCUUACAAUUUGAGGGCGAGUAACUUGUUGAAGAAGUGCUUCAAGUUUGGGGCAGAUCAAUUUGACUCGUUUUGA